CGCCUAGGCCUGGCGGAAGCAGGCUCUGCGGGCAGGGCAAGAACAUAGGGCGGGCUUUUAAAGGGAUAAUCCUUCCUCCUGCCAGCCUGCUUGCACGGACUGUGAGGUUGGUGUUCCCGGGAGUCAGAGUCUAGGAGGCAGAGGUGAAACGUGGCUGUGAGACCCUGGAAAGGCGAUAAGGCAGAAGAGGAUUGUGCAAAUACCUUCCCAGCCUCAACCAUGGCCAGACCUCCCGUGCACGGUUCGGUGAUUGUCCCAGACUGGCAUGAGACUGUGGAGGGCAAGGAGUACUUAGCCUGCAUCCUGCGCAAGAAUCGCCGGCGGGAAUUUGGGUUGCUUGAACGGCCAGUGCUACCCCCUUCAGUGGCCAUUGAUACUGCCAGCUACAAGAUCUUUGUGUCCGGGAAGAGUGGUGUGGGCAAGACCGCACUAGUGGCGAAGCUGGCCGGCCUGGAAGUGCCUGUAGUGCACCACGAGACUACUGGUAUUCAGACCACUGUGGUGUUUUGGCCAGCCAAGCUAAAGGCCAGUGACCGUGUGGUCAUGUUCCGCUUCGAGUUCUGGGACUGUGGGGAGUCCGCCCUCAAGAAGUUUGAUCACAUGCUGCCGGCUUGCAAAGAGAAUGCAGAUGCCUUCCUGUUCCUCUUUUCUUUCACUGACCGCGCCUCCUUCGAAGACCUUCCUGGGCAGUUGACCCGCGUAGCCAGCGAAGCUCCUGGGGUCGUUAAGAUGGUUAUUGGCUCCAAGUUUGACCAGUACAUGCACACAGACGUGCCAGAGCGAGACCUCACAGCCUUCCGGCAAGCCUGGGAACUGCCCUUGUUACGGGUGAAGAGUGUGCCAGGGCGGCGGCUGGCAGAUGGGCGUACACUGGACGGGCGGGCUGGGCUGGCUGACACUGCUCAUGUGCUCAAUGGCCUUGCAGAACAGUUGUGGCACCAGGACCAGGUGGCAGCCGGCCUGCUCCCCAGCUCCCCAGAGAAUGCUCCUGGCUGAAGGGUAAUGGCAUCCUGAGUAGAGACAGAGACUGAUGAUCCCUACUCCCAUAUCUUGAGUGACCCAGGACAGAUGGUGGGACCUAGGGCCCAAGGCUGAUGCAAGAACACAGUCCUCAGGACUGGCUGGGGAGGGCCCUCACCUGGCCCUCAUCUGGACACAAGGCUCCAGAGCCGAAAGGUCUCCCAGCCCCACUGCCCCUCACCCUUCUGCAGCAUCCACCGAGGGUAUGGUGGUGGUAAGAGCACCUCAGAAGGACCCUGGACCUCUCUUGACUUCGACCAGGAGCAUUACUGGUUGAAGUAACACCAUUUGAUCCAACAGAUAAACUCUGAGAUCUCAGUGGCUGAACUCUGUAAGAGUGGUUUUUCGCUCCCUGCACUUACUCAGACGCAUGUUCCUGGUUUAUUAGCAUCCUGUCAGCAGACCUGGAAUAAGUGCAUGGCUACCAGAGGUUUCUGUGGACACACUGCAUUGACCAGCACCCAGUCACAUGGAAUUAAAAGGGAGCCUGAGAGAAGUGGUCCACCUGCAUAUUCAGGAAGCUAGCCCUGCUCUCUGGGGACUCUUGACCUUGACUACUAUGAAGCUAUAAAUCAGCCCUCAGACAAGGGCUUUGCCUAGGAGUUGGAAAACUGGGCAGGGCCAAGGACCCUUCCUACUGAGUAGGGGAUAGGAUAUGAGGUAGCUUGAACUAGCUGUCCUGUAUGGGAGGAGGGUGAGCGUAAGCAAGGGCACAGUGAAACCACUGAUCUAGACCACUUCAUGGGUAGAAAGAAAGGUUUACUGGGAUCAGAAUGUCAAGGCUAUCUCUCAGUGGAGGGGGCAGGCAGAGAAAGUAGCAAAAUGUUGGAAAAGUAAGCAGAUUUUAUGUGACAGCAGGGUAGGAUUUUUGAGCUGAUACAGGCUGUUCAGAUUAAUUGGGAGCUAGAUGCCCAAAGUAGUUGACCUUUGGGGCAAAUUAAGGGAGGUCCUGGUUAGCAGAAA